AUGACAAAUAAUAGGAAGUCCUAUAUUGUGAGGAACUCUAUAGCUCCUUACAAGAAACCUACACACUCAGUUGUAACAGGAAACUCAAGGAAACCUUCUUUCUUUAAUAAAAUCAAAUCUUUCUUCCAAAACCAAGAGGUCCGACAGAAGGAAGCGAAAAAUGAACCAAAACAUAUAGCGAACGGGCAAAGAAGAUCUACGUCGUCCUUCAGUGUUCCAGGGGGAUUUUACGAUUCUCAGGCGGCAGCAGAAAGUAGUGCAAUUUUAUCGAGAGCACUCGGAGCUCAGACUGCAGAAAGCACUUUUGCUGAUGAUAAUGAAGCAGAAGAGGAAGAUCCUAACGUAUCCAAUGCGAAACUCGCAUCCUUUUUCCAAGAGAAGGGUGAUCGUCCAUUGACGGAAAUGGAAAUGGAAGGCGUGAUCUCCGUGAUGAAAAGAUGUCGAUCAGUGUCAUCAACUCCUUUUGGAAGCCGAAUCAUCAGCGAAUCGAAGACCAUUCCUAAUAGCAAAGUUUUAAGAACAACUUCGGAAUCUGUAGCCACUCCAUUGAAGGCUACAUCAUACACACCAAGAUACGAGGAUUCAUCGGUCGGAAACAAUUCCAUUAGAAGCACGAGAUCCUCGGUAACUAGACGUAUAUUCGACUACUCUAAGGUCCCAUCACCGUACAGAACCACUGUAUAUAAAUACAGUGCUGCCACUUUGCCAAGUAAAAGUGCGAAUGCUACUUUACCAUUACAACCAACUGAAACGAAAAAUAAGAUUACGCGGAAUAGGAGUCCACCUAAGAAGUUAAGCAAUACUGCAUCUGCGUUGAUGUCAAUACUCGAUGGAGAUAACGAUAGAAACGAUCACACAAAACUAUCAAUAGCGUCCAACUUGGCAAAUCCUUACUCAUCACAUGUGUCGAGGGUUCGCAAGAGCAAACCAAUUGCAGAAACAACAACACAUUCUCCAAGUACGCCUGCAAAAGUGACGGAUAAACCUCACGUUGAUCAUCAAGAAUCGUCAAACACUGGUUUACAAACAAACACUUCUUUAAAAGAAAUUUCUAAAUCGGUCAAUGGAGUCAGCCAUCCUGAAGAACCUCACAAGGUCGAGGAGCCAAAUACUUUGAACAACAACAAUACUACCCAAUAUAAACCAAGUGUUUCUUCAUCGUUGAGACAGACAGUAGUCGCAGAAACAUCUCCUGCGAAAGACCAGACCACUAAGCAACUGUCUGCAGAACAGAUAUUUGGGAACAGUAAUAGUAAUAAGCCUGCCUCUAGUUUCAGUUUCAGCUUCCAAAAACCUGAGCCAUUUGUUCUACCAUCAAUGGGAUCCACUUCCGAAAACAACAAGACCGAUUCUAUUGAAAGUAAAACCGGCUUGAAGGCUCCACCGAAAUCAAAACUGUCUCCACUACCCACUGUCGAAUCACCCUCGAUAAUAGAGCCAGAAGCAGAAAUAGGCGACAAAAUAGAUCCUAACACUACUUCAAAGAUUCCAGCCCCAGCGGUGAUUUCAACUAAAAUGCAAGACCAAUUUACAUUUGGUGAGGUACCAAAGAGCAACGUUGAUCCAGCUUCCAUUGACAAAGCUAAAGUUGAACAAUAUAAAUCCAUGUUCAUAUUUUAA